GUGCGAUUUCGCGCGUUGACCAGAUUAUAAAAUUCUCGACGAUUUUCUCAUCGUCUAAGAUCGCCGAACAGGUCAAAAUUCAGACAGAUACUCCUUCCGUCUGUAUUUGACAAAAUGUCCGUCAUGGGAAAGCCGGUUCUCUACUCAUAUUGGCGGAGCUCUUGUUCUUGGAGGGUGCGAAUUGCGUUGAAUUUGAAAGAAAUACCCUAUGAUAUAAAACCCAUAAGUUUAGUAAAGAGUGGGGGAGAACAACAUAGUAACGAAUUUCGAGAAAUAAAUCCUAUGGAGCAGGUACCUGCCCUUCACAUCGACAAUCACACGUUAAUUGAAUCUUUGAACAUUCUUCAAUAUUUGGAAGAAACUAGACCGCAUCGUCCUCUCAUGCCAGCGGAUCCAGUAAAAAGAGCAAGAGUUCGAGAAAUCUGCGAAGUGAUUGCGAGCGGAAUUCAACCCCUUCAAAAUCUGGUAGUUCUUAUUUACGUUGGGGAAGAACGAAAAAAGGAAUGGGCACAACACUGGAUCACUCGAGGCUUUACAGCCGUUGAAAAAUUAUUGUCAUCGAGCGCAGGAAAAUAUUGCGUAGGCGACGAGAUAACUUUAGCGGAUUGCUGUUUGGUGCCACAAAUUUUCAACGCCAGAAGGUUUCACGUAGAUCUGAGACCUUUCCCUACAAUUUUGCGGGUAGAUCGUCACCUGGAAAAUCAUCCGGCUUUCACUGCCGCUCACCCCAAUAACCAGCCCGAUUGUCCACCUGAGGCAACCAAGUAGCAAGCAAGGCAGACCACCCUCUUCCUCUUCUAAAUUCUUUAAAAUUCGAAUUAGAAGACUGAAGAGUGGUGGUCCAUUUUUUCGCGGCUCCUCUGCGCUAAAAGGUUCUAUAAUUCACUCUUUAAUUAUCGAGAGUCUUCCGUUAAUGUAAAAAGAAUUUAAACUCCCUUUUCCGGUUGCUUCGUUUUUCAUUCAAAUCGAAACUAUUGUCGAAAUUCUUCAUCCUGUGAUUCACUAGACAAAGCCUAAUGAAUAUUAAAUUAACCUUUUAUCUCCGCAGAGCCGUGACUUGAGCUUCGAAGCGAUUGCAGGGAACUUAAAUACAAUUUUUUAAAUUUUAUACAUUUUUUAAAACACGUCUCUUCUUUUUUAUACAAAAAAAUGUUCCUUAAUUUCUUCGGAGCUUUACUAGAUUCUACAGAUGUUAGCCUUUUUGUCUUUUAUUCUUCGUUACUCGUUUUCUUGCGUUACUGGAAAUCAAACAUUUUUCAGAGACAUUGCUUUUAACGAUACCGAAUAUUUUGUAAAAUUUAUUAUCAACCUAUUCCAAAUAGGUUCUGUUGCCAGAAGUGAAAAGUUUACUUUUUAUACUUGACGUUGUUCUCAGUUCGUACUUAAUUUCGGUCAAUUGUGUUACUAAUGAGUAUGAUAAAUAUUAUUGUAAAAUGGUAUAAAUUGGCGGUAGGGUAGUUGGAAAAAAAUUGAAAGUCAAAAAUAGCCUAGUUCUGAAAAGUUUCAUUUUUGAUAUUUAUAAUCUGUGUGAGAUUUGACAGAUUAAUUUAUAAUAAUCGUUUAUUAUAGAUAUUAAACACAAUUAGGAUAAAAUCUCAUUUUCGUAAAUCUCAAAACACGAAAAUAAUUUUAAAAGCUUUGCAAACUAUCUUAGAAUUAUUGUAACGUAGAAACUUUCUGGCGCUUAAAAUUGACCUUAGCAACAUUUUACAAGACUAAUUCAGGGCCUGCCCAUUUUAAUGGCCUAAAUCUUCUUAUUUUUAGGUCAAUUUUCAGUGGGAUAAAGUUUCUAAAUCAGGGUGGCCACGGGACCGGGAAUUUUAUGGGACCGGGAAAAACCGGGAAAUGACAGUGAAUUUAUUUUUGGACCGGGAAUUUUACCAAAUUUUUAGA